CUGAAUCCCUUUGGGCGCGGCAGGCUCCGGAAAGACACGAGCGGCUUCGGCAGGGAUUGGCGCAGGCGCAAUGGCUCGGCUGCCUGUGGCGGCCCCGCUCUGGAUGGCUGCUGCGCGGCCGUCCGGCAAGAGGCUCGCCAUCGAGGGGAACAUCGCAGUGGGGAAGUCAACGUUUGUGAGAGUGCUCAGAAAAGCCUUUCCGGAAUGGCACAUGACUCCAGAGCCAGUCUCCAAGUGGCAGAAAGUUCGAGCUGCUUUUCCCCACCAAGCCUCUCCCUCUCAGAAUGUUGGGAACUUGCUUCAGAUGGUCUAUCAGGAGCCUUUGCGAUGGUCCUACACGUUCCAGACUUAUUCGUGUCUGAGUCGGCUCAAGGCUCAGCUGCAGUCGCUGUCAGAGAAGCCUCCGAAGACGUGGAAACCUGUGCAGGUUUUUGAGAGAUCUGUGUACAGUGAUAGGUACAUCUUUGCAAAAAACCUCUUUGAGAUUGGCCACCUGGCAGAGAUUGAGUGGACCAUUUACCAAGACUGGCACACCUUUCUCCUGCAAGCAUUUGGGGACUGGCUUCACCUUCAUGGCUUCCUUUAUCUCCGGGCACCUCCAGAGAUCUGCAUGGAGAGGCUGCGCCGAAGAGCGAGACCUGAAGAGAAGGAGGUCCAGCUGCGCUACCUGGAGCAGCUUCACACUCAGCAUGAAAAUUGGCUCGUGGAGAAAAGCACAGAGAUCCAUCUUGAAAAUAUAAGAAAUGCUCCAGUCUUGAUGCUUGACGUUACAAAGGAUUUUGAGAAUGACCCAAGCGAGCAAGGAAAGCUUGUGAGCCAGGUGAAAACUUUCAUCAAAACUCUCUCACUGGAGGCUUCUGCCUCUGUUGCAACCUCCUAGCGCAGGAUCUGGGAGCGAACUACUCUGAGCUGCUGGUCACCAAGAGGCAUAGUCAAAACAAGUCAACCUCUCAGUCCUGGAUGAUCAGAGCCAUUGGGAGUGAAGAGUUUAGGCAGGUUAGAGAUAGUAGCAAGACGCUGGAAUUAAGGGUGAUUCUUGCAGGAAAAAGCACCCUGAGCCAGCACGUUCCCAAAGUAGUCUGACUGUAAAAAGCAGAAGCAAUGGGUGAAGGGGAGGGAUGUAAGGGGCACCUUUUCCUUGGCUGGGUCAGCGCAGAGGCCAUGCACAGCCCUCUAUUCCAAUUGGGCCCUGUCCAGACUGAAUGGGACUCUGUGUGUACUCCCACCUGGCAUGAGCUUGGCCAGGUGCUGUGCCAAGUGAGGGAUUAAUGGCCCCUUCAAUGGAUUUUGGCCCUGGUGCAUCUACUGAACCUGGCUGGCACUGGCCAUUAGUGCUGUGAUCCUGGACCUGCCCUCCUUACCACACUUCUGCUGCUGUAUUUUUUCCGGAAGGAAGAAUCUUGGGUUGUUCAGUCUACAUGCCCUCAAUUCCUGCUGAUUAACAUGGCUUGGAGUGAUGGCAUGGACAUCUUGGGCCUGCUGUUCUGUAAAUAUUAUUUUUAACCUCCUGCAGUCAGACACCCACUUGGGCACUCCCAGUUUCCUAGGAGCUGCCCUGAAAGUGUAGGUCAAUCUAACAGUGCCCAGUUCCUGUACAUCUGUACACCAUUCCAUGGCCUCUCUGUUUGAUAGCCUCCAACUUGGGGGAAAGACUGGAAAUUGGUUGGCACUGAAACAGUUCAGGGAUCUAGAAUGUGUCUUCUGCUUCCCCCCCAACAUGCAACUCUUUAUGUCCAUAAAAUUGAGGCUUCCUGGGCUCCCUGUCUCAUGAAGGUCACUACAUGUUGUGUCUGAUUAGCUACGUGCUUGCCAGAACUAUAUAGCGUAUGGCCUGUGUCCAACAGUCUGUAGCCUAAACUCUAGCAUUUGGGGCUGAGUGGAGACUUGACACCCUGUUUCGAAGGCUGCUUGUUUUUCCUCUGUAGUAUCCUUAGAAAUCUUUGGACAGAACUGUUUCUGCCAUUGUCCUUACACGCUCUUAAGCUUGGUUGCAUUGGUGACAUUCUCAUUUACUGCAGCAGCUGAAGGAGUUUGUGGGGGGACGACUGCUGUUGGUUGCCUAGCAGUGUUCGUCAAUUUUGGGUCCCCAGAUGAUGUUGAACUCCAGCUCCCAUCAUCUCCAGUCACUUAGCCAAUGGUCAGGGAUGAUGGAAGUCCUAGUCUAACAACAUCUGAGCGCUCGAGGUUGAAAAACGCUUCCCUGCUUGAGGUUCUUGCCAGAUGCAGUAAAUAGCUUGUGUCCCUGUGCACAUAUAUCAUUGACAUGUUGCAGAAUGGUGUGGUUGCAGCCUUCUUUGUGCUGCUCCUAUGUAAACAUGCUGUUGACCCAAAGCACAUGGGCAAAAGAUAUACAUGCUGCUUGGAGCUGAACUAGAGUAACCACAGGAGUGAUGUUCCCCAUGCAGGCUCAAGGUAAUCUUAAGCCAGCCCUAAAAAGAUUGAUUGUGUUCCAGUCUUAUACUAGUCUCUACAGUUUAAACUCAAUCUAUUUCAUUAAGAGGAGGGCCUGCUUCUGUAGCAUUAUAAUGUGCUUUUUAAAAGAUUCAGUGCACUGAUAAACCUUUUGUAGAUAACCAGAUUCCUUCUAAAUUUGUAAAAUGCUGUGGUUAAAUUAAUAAAACGAAUAACUUUGAAA